GUGAGCACUGUAGCUUGUCUGCUUCCUGUUUCAUCAGGCUGCUGUGCAAAAAAGAAUGUGGGCACAGAGGAGACUGGCGAGGGGGCUCAGAACAUCUGAUUGACCCCUUCCCUGGCCAUCUGAGACCAGAGAGACCUGGAAAGGACUAACAGCUCUCCUGAGACAGGAUCUGGGACCCAAGAUCCAGGCAGCUGUUCGGGGAACAAGAAGCCAAGCACAACAGGUGCUCAGGAGGCCACCAUGAUCAACUCGGACCCCAAGGCCUCCCCUGGCUUGGCUCGGUGGGCCGAGAGCUAUGAAGCCAAGUGUGAACGACGUCAGGAGAGCCGAGAAAGCCGCCGCUGCCGCCACAAUGAGACCACUUGCCGCCAGCCAGGGAAGGCGCUGGGGAACCAGCACAAGGAGCAGCUUCAGAGAGCUCGGCAGCUCCAGUUCCUCAGAAGGAGGAACCUGGAAGACGAGAAGAGAGGCCAGGCCAGGGAGCAAGGGCCCUCCCACAAGACAAAAGGAGGGACAGGCCAGGUGACGGUCCUCAAGGAGUCCUUGCCUGGUGCCAACAAGACCUCUUUCCCUGGACAGCAGGCAACAGGGACCAGCUCUGCUGUUUUCCCGACCCUGCAUCUCUCCCCAUCAAGCAUCCAGGGAGACUCAGAUGGCCUCCAUCCCUCACACGUGACAGCCUUUCCACCACCAAGGGACUAUGCCAUCAAGAAGCCACACAGACAGCACCGGGGUACUCAGACCAAGGCAGAAGAGACACAGCCAACAGUAAAGAAUGAUGCCAGCCAGCAAACCAACUGUGGAGUUGCUGUCCUAGACAAGGACAUCAUCCAGCUCUCCGAGUACCUCAAAGAAGCCCUACAAAGAGAGCUCAUCCUCAAGCAGAAAAUGUUGAUUCUCCAGGACAUGCUGCCUGCCCUAACCCGGGCCUCUGACAGCUUUUGGAAGGGGCAGCUUAACGAAGACAGAUUGAAGGGCAAACUAAGGUCCCUAGAAAACCAGCUCUACACCUGCAUGCAGAAAUACACUCCCUGGGGAAUGAAGAAGGUGCUGCUGGAGAUGGAAGACCAGAGGAGCAAUUAUGAGCAGAAGGCUAAGGAGUCACUGCAGAAAGUGCUGGAGGAGAAAAUAAGCGCCGAGCAGCAACUGCAGAGUGUGCAGCUGUCCCUGGCUUUGGCAGAGCAUAAGUGUGAAGAGUGGAAGAGUCAGUACGAGGCUCUUAAAGAGGACUGGAGGACCCUAGGGGACCAGCAUAGGGAGCUAGAGAGCCAACUGCAUGUGCUUCAGUCCAAACUACAGGGAGCAGACAGCAGAGACACACAAAUGAACCAGGCCCUGCGGCUUUUAGAAAGUGAGCAGCGGGAGCUGCAAGCCAAAAUUGAGUGCCUGCAAGGGGACAGAGAGCAGCAGAGCUCUGACACUCAGGACCUACAAGAUCAACUGAAGAGGUCGGAGGAGGAGAAACAGGUCCUGGUGAGCAGAAUACAACAGCUGCAGGGUCUGCUUCAGAAACAGUCCUUACACCAUCAAGAAUGGGAGAAACUCUUAAAGAAAGAUCAGGCUUUACCUGUGUGGAAUCCAAAGUUCUCCCUUGAUGAAGCAAAGCCUGAAAGCACAGGGGAGGAGAAAGACUGGGAGCUCAGAGACCAGCUACAAAAGGAGACAUCUCAGCUCCAGGCCGAGGAAAAGGAGCGGCAAUGUGGCCAUUGGCUCCCGGUGCUGAUGGUGGUGAUUGCUACAGCACUAGCAGUGUUCCUGGCAAACAAAGACAACUUGGUGAUCUGAAUAACUUCUGGCAUCUGUUUGUCUGGGUAAAAUUCAGAAGCAAAUAAUUCCAUGGAAAAACUUGAGUUUUGGACUUUACAACUUAAGUUUUCCCUCCAAGUGAAUCUAGAUUUCUAGUUUUAUAUAUAUUUUAACCAUGCUUGUAAAUAAACUUUAUCUUACAA